AUGCAACGAUUGUUAUGCACGUAUUUCAUAUUAUUACUAAUAUAUUUAUUAACUGUAAUUGAAUCUAAAAAAUCCUGCUCAAUUAAUACUGGAAAAAGAGAAACUUCUUCAUCAAUUCGACAUAGACAUGGUCUUUUCGAAACCACACAAUUAAAUUUGACUAUAGAGAAAUUUAAUAUUCAACAUCGAAAUUCAAAAAUUGAUUGGAUUCGGAAUAUAACAUAUCAAUCUCCAUUUGUUGCUGUAACAACAUAUGAUCGAGAUGUCAUUCUGUCGGAAUAUGAAUAUAAUCCAAUAGCUGGUUUACGUAUUGCUCGUGUAUCACCUGAAAAUCAAGUUGUUUGGAAUUAUACUUAUGAUUUAACAGCUCAAUCAUCGAUUGUUAUAGUUCACAAACAAUUAGAAUCUAUCUGGUUUGCUCAAUAUUCUCAAUCAACGAAUUCAUCUUAUCUAAUUGGUUUACAUGCAAUAAAUGGAACUGUUCGACAUAAUUUUACUAUAUUAAAUUAUAUUAAUUUUCAAGUAGAUUUACAAUCUGCACAUAUUUGUGCUGUAUCCUAUGAUUAUUUGUGGAAGACACCUAACUUUACAUUACAAUGUUUUGAUGCAUCAUUGCCAAAGAGACAAUUGUUGUGGACAACUAAUUUGACUAUGGCAGAUAAAGUCAGUACAUAUAAUGUAUUUGUUUCAUCUCCAGCAAUUAAUUCAAAAAUAAAACGUGUAUAUCUAUCGACAAUGCCUGGUUAUAUUUAUCCGAUUGGCUAUGGAAAUAAUUCUUUGAUGGGAAUUGAUCUUCUUACUGGAAAAUUAUUGUAUCAAAAUUGGUUAUAUACGGCCGAACAUUGGUUAUCUAUUGGUCAUCCUUUGUCAUCAGCAAAUGAUGACGGUAUUGUUUAUUUGUCAGGACGAACAUUAAUGGCAUUCAAUGGAGAAAAUGGUACAUUGAGAUUUUUAAGAGCAAGACCAGCCACAUAUGAUCAACGUGUCGAUAGUUCCAUUAAUGAUACAACUAUUAUUAAUAUUAAUUAUCUUGGUGAUUUUACGUUUCGACAAAUAUUAUCGUUAUGGGAUGGUGAUAAUGGUCAAUUAUUAUGGAAUGUCAGUGUACCGAAUAGUAAUUUCUAUGUAAAUUAUCCAGUAACUACUACUGUUCGUACAUGUGAUCGUUUACAUUUGACUGCACAAGAUUAUUUUAUUAUUGGUCGUUUACCAUCGUCAAAUGAACCAGUUUGGAGAUUCAAUACAUCUGUAGCACAAGGUCGUGUAGCACGUCUUGGUGUUACUAAUGAAACUUUGUUCGUUGUUGUUGUAUACUAUGAACAUCAAGAAUUAUGGAAAAUAUCGUUACCUCAAUCAUUCAUUGAACAACAACAACAACAACAAGACAAACAUUCAUUUUCAUCGAACUAUACACAAUGUGGUGCCUACUGCAACAAUUAUACUGAUUGUCUUUUAUAUUCUUGUGGUAAAUGUGUUGAUAAUCGCUGCACUUUACCGGAUCCAUCUCCGAGUUCAUGUAAGAAUGAAGGUGAUUGUAAUCAAAUGAUAACAACAUGUCUUAGCGGAUUUUGUAGAACAAUGUGGCCAGAUUGCUUUGGACAAUGUAAUAGUUAUUGGACAAAAUGUUAUUCAAUUGAUUGUCCGCGCUGUACUGGAUAUGAUUGUCAGUCUUAA